GUAAUGAGUGUCGUUCGUUGGUGUCGCCCACUCUGGUGUUUCUCUUCGUUGGUGUCGUCAAUUAUGGUACUUUUGUUUGUAAUUCUUGCCGUUGGAGUCGUCCAUUUGAUGCUUCUUUCGUCGUUUAUGCCACUAUUCUGGUGUUUUCUUCGCUUGGGUCGUCCAUUUGGGUGCUUUUUUAUCGUCGCUGGAGUCGUCCAGUUCGGUGCCCUUUUUUUUGACGUGG